AUGGGGACUGCCGACGUAUACCACGCCUACCAAGUGGUUCGCAAACACGGAAUACCCGACGAAAACAUAAUUGUCAUGCAUUACGACGAUAUCGCUCACCAUAAGAGUAACCCCACACCCGGUGUAGUCAUCAAUCGAGUUAACGGUACGGAUGUCUACAAAACCCCGUAUGAAGUGCCCAAACACUACAUCGGCAAAGAUGUCACCCCAAAGAACUUUUUGGGAGCUAUUGCUGGAGACGAGACCUUAGAAAAAUCGGGCAAAAAGGUUGUCAAGAGUGGACCCAAUGAUCGUAUUUUUGUCUAUUUAGAUGACCAUGGUGGUGAUGAGGUGGUUGCUUUUCCCUCGGGUGCACCCAUGUUGUACGCUAAGGAUCUUAAUAAUGCCUUGAUCGAAAUGCACAAACAAAAUAAAUUUGCCCAGCUCGUAUUUUAUUUGGCUGCAUGUGAAUCAGGAUCUAUGUUUGCUAAAUUAUUGCCAACUGAUAUCAAUGUGUACGCUAUUACUGCCACCAAGGUGGGUGAAUUAGGGUGGAAAGCUGAAAGUGAAUGGAAAACAUAUAACACUUGGCUAGCUACCUACUUUACUAUCAUAUGGCUGGAUGACAGUGAAAAAAGUGAUCUUACCAAGGAGCUAAUUUCCACGCAAUAUGAUUAUAUUAAAGAACACAACAAUUUCACCAUGGACGGUACUAAACACUCCCAACAUGCUCAGCAGUAUGGUGAUUUAAGUAUUGCUGCUAAACAACACGUAUCUGAUUACCAAGGUGACAAAAAGGUCCCGAUCAAUUCCGACUCAGAAUUGUAUAUACCUAGUGGUUUCGCCCCCAUAAGGGACUCUAAAUUAUUUCACCUGAAACAUUUAAUUAAAAACACAAAUGAUGCUGCUGAAUUGUCUCAAUAUGUCUCGCAAUUGAACGCAUUGGAAAACAACAGACAAUUGUUGGACAAACAGAUCGAGGAAUACGUGAAUAAAUUGCCGGCAAUUGACGCCAAUAUUGCAUUGAAUGGCAAACUAGAGCUCAAUAAUAGGGACUGUUAUAAGAAACUUGUGGACACUUUCAAUGAGAAGUGCUAUGCAUUCAAUGACAAUACAUACGCUUUCUAUAAGUUAAGUGUUUUCCGCAAUAUUUGCGAACAAAUGCGUGACUCGAGUGAUGCGGACAUUGCUGUCAACCGAUUGAUACAACACUGCAAUGGAAAUGCGAAACCAAUUGAUAAUAUUGUCUAAUAAUUAGAUACC